UUGCGCUAUCAUACGGUAAUCGGGGCCCCAUGCAGGUCACGCGCGGUGCACGCGCGCACACGCAGGAUUAUAACAUCGUCGUCAUCUCGCGGUUAAGUCACAAUGCGCUGCGCUGGGUGGUUUUCACAGGAGCGCCGCGUCACGUUUGCUGGGGGGAGACUUGAGCAGAGCGCGCGAGUGACUCCCUCGCUCUCACACGCGCCCCGUCUCCGCGUCUCAACGUCCCCGAGUGUCAUCCUCUAGCCGUCUCGCGUAGCUCGCUCUCCCCGUGUCUCACUCUCCCCUUGUCUCACUCUCUUUGUCUCCCACUCUUCCCGUGUCUCACUCUCCCCGUGUCUCAGUUUCCCCGUGUCUCACUCUCCCCGUGUCUCACUCUCUCUGUCUCCCACUCUCCCCGUGUCUCACCCUUUCUGUCUCUCACUCUCCCCGUGUCUCACCCUCUCCGUGUUUCACCCUCUUAGUAUCUCACUCUGUCUCUCACUCUCCCCGUGUCUCACCCUUUCUGUCUCUCACUCUCUCCGUGUCUCACCCUCUCCGUGUCUCACCCUCUCCGUGUCUCACCCUCCCUGUGUCUCACUCUCCCCGUGUCUCACUCUCCCCGUGUCUCACUCCGUGUCUCACUCUCUCCGUGUCUCACUCUAUCUCUCACUCUCCCCGUGUCUCACUCUAUCUCUCACUCUCCCCGUGUCUCACUCUCCCCGUGUCUCACCCUCUCCGCGUCUCAUCCUCUCCGUAUCUCACCCUCCCCGUGUCUCACCCUCCCUGUGUCUCACUUUCCCCGUGUCUCGCUCUCCCCGUGUCUCACUCUCACCGUGUCUCACUCUCCCCGUGUCUCGCUCUCCUCGUGUCUCACUCUCCCCGUGUCUCACUCUCCCCGUGUCUCACUCUCUUUGUCUCCCACUCUUCCCGUGUCUCACUCUCCCCGUGUCUCAGUUUCCCCGUGUCUCACUCUCCCCUCAGUGUGUGCCCACGCCACCUGUGCACACACACACACACCUGUGCGCACACACCUGUACGCACGCGCACACACACACCUGUGCACACACACCUAUACGCACGCGCGCACACACACACCUGUGCACACACACACCUAUACGCACGCGCGCACACACACACCUGUGCACACACACACCUAUACGCACGCGCGCAAACACACACCUGUGCACACACACAGCUAUACGCACGCGCGCACAAACACACCUGUGCACACACAUACCUAUACGCACGCGCGCACACACACACCUGUGCACACACACACACCUAUACGCACGCGCGCACACACGCAUGCGCGCUGGAGGAUGGAGGCGGACAGAGAGAACGCGCAGCUGCUGGAGGAAGGGAGAGCAAAGAGCGCCUACCUCACCUACCUGCACAACUCCGUGAGCAGCGUUAACAGCUUCCUCCAGGCGACGGACUCGCCGCCGCCCAAGUUCCAUGACGACGCUGGCGUCGAUUCGGCGCACGAGGCGCUGGGCCACAGCCCGUGCCACUCGGGUGCCGGCGGUCAGAGGCGGAGGCGGCGCGAGGAGAGCGAGCGAGCCAAGAGGCAGCUGUACCUCGUCAGCGUCAUCUGCUUCGUCUUCAUCAUCGGGGAGGCGAUCGGUGGCAUCCUCGCGCACAGCCUGGCCAUCAUGACGGACGCCGCCCACCUGCUCACCGACUUUGCAAGCUUCUCCAUCAGCCUCCUGUCGCUGUGGCUCGCUGACAGACCCGCCAGCAAGAGGAUGACGUUCGGCUGGUACCGGGCAGAGAUCCUGGGCGCACUGCUCUCCGUCUUCUCCAUCUGGGUGGUGACCGGCGUGCUGGUCUACCUGGCCGCCUGCCGCAUGAUCUCGCGAGACUUCGCCAUCGAAGGGACGGCCAUGCUCGCCACCUCCGUCUGCGCCGUCAUCGUCAACAUCAUCAUGGCCGUUCUCCUCGCGCGAGGCCAUCACUCCUCCGGACCUAGCGGGGGCUCGGAGGCACCCCCAGUGGUGCCUCUUCAUCUGCACGGACACUCUCACCUGCACGGCCACUCGCACCUGCAGAGCCACUCCAACCCGAGCAUCCGCGCCGCCUUCAUCCACGCCCUCGGAGACCUCCUGCAAAGCAUAGGCGUCCUCGUCGCUGCCUGCAUUAUCUUCUUUAAGCCAGAGUACAAGCUCGUUGACCCCAUCUGCACGUUCAUCUUCUCCCUCUUCGUCCUCGUGACCACCGUCACAAUCUUGCGCGACGUGCUUCAGGUGCUGAUGGAGGGUGUCCCUCUGGGUGAGCGAUUCGACGACGUGCAGGGGUCGCUCCUGUCCAUCCCGGGCGUGCAGGCCGUGCACGACCUCCACCUGUGGUCGCUCACCUCGGGUCGCCGCGCCGCCUCGGCUCACCUCGUCACCGGCCCGGGGGAGCCGGCCAUGCAGCCGCUGCUGCAGGAGGCGACGCGCCGCCUGCGCCAGCUGCACGGCUUCCACGAGGUGACCCUGCAGCUGGAGCCCUACAACGCGGCCAUGGCAACCUGCCCCGACUGCAAGGAGCCGCGCUCAUAGGCAAAGCGCUGAUAAGCCACCACGGCAACCCACACCACCACCACCAACGCUGGUCCGACGACACCGGGACGAACACCGACCGCCGCAGCACGAGCGCUGCCACGGGCACAAGCAACGCCACUGACACGGCCAGAGCUUCUGUAACGCGACGGGCACACCGCGCUGCCGCGCCGGCUCUGCCACCGCGCUAACGCUGCAAUGGUACCAACCACUACCACCGUGGCAAUAGCAAGGCAACGAUUGACAGGCCACCCACCAAAUCGUUCUCCAUUUCAUCCCAACCCGAACGCCGUAGUCACACGACCCAUCCAUGGUGGCCAACCUGCCACAACACUCAGCUGCUGUUAACACCCUUAUUUUUUCAGUUGUGUUGCUGUGCCAACUGAGAUAACGCUGCUAUGAACAACCUUGAGGUCCGUGUGAGUGGCUGACCGCUGGAUAUCCUGUGGAGAGAAUGGCUCUCACAAUGUAAAUGUGAAACCCCAAAAAAUUGGCUCAGGACCACGCAUGAAAAUGAAACGUGGAGUACCUGGGGCUUUUGUACUUUUAACCUUUUUUUGCGUUAAGUGUUAUCAAACUACGGUGUGUCCCCGUGUGUGUCCUUCCCCGGCACACGUUCCCUGCACGUUGGACUGCAAUAAAUGUGCGUGUGCAUGCCCUGUCUGCCUGCGUGUCGCUACAGCCAACGGUGCAAUGUCUUUGACAAAUAUUCAAACAACAUCGAUCCGUUAUGUCACCGAGAGAGGUGUCGAGAUAACCGAUUUGUAGGUUUUUGUGGCUGUGCUGCCGCAAUAGCUGCCCGACGUGUCCCCGGGAUGUACCACGUGUUGUGCGGAGACCACAUUCUGAAAAAUAUCCCAGCACGCAGAGCAAAAAUGUUCGACGACAUUCCCCGCAACAAAAACAAAUCGGAGAGUGAUGCGUCUCUCAAUGCUUUAUGAAGGAUUUGCCAUUGAGCUGUUUGGCCGAUGCUUAAUUAGAGAUGUAUUUGCUUUUUUCAUACGAGAGCAUAACAGAGUGUGUAUGUGUUGACAACCUAUGCAUACAAGAAGAUGAUGCGAUAAAUCUCUAAAGAUGAAUAUUCUUCGUAUUCUUUGGUUCUUUCUAUAAAUAUGAAGUCAGCAAUCUACCUGCUAUUCUGCUAUAUAAUGGCCACCUCUGCCCAGAAGAUUAGCCCAUAUUCCGACCAAGGUUGACUCAUCCCAUCAUUACCAUUUUCAUAAUCUUCACCAUCAUGAUAAUUAUCAUCGUAAUUGUUAUCAUAGUCGCCAUCAGCAUCAUCAUGAUAUCCCCGUGGGGCUGAUAAAAGGGGUACCUCAUGGUGAUGCUUCACCAUUGCGUGAUAAGUAGUACUUGAUGUUUUGUUUAAGUAUCUUAGAUACUGGACCCUGCUAUAAGAAUGUGAAAAUUCCACAGCUAUCUUAGGAGCUAGCUUCAAGCCAUACGUAUUUGUUCGCAGUGCUCCCAUUGUCUCUAUGGUAACGACUCUGUGAGAAGUCAUCCGCGCAGGAGGAUCUGUGCUCACAAUCAGCUUGCGAGUUCAAACCCCAGCCGGGGGGUCGACCCAUUCCAUCACCCCCCUCCCCCACCCUCCUCGGAUGAAUAAAAUAAGUAACACACUGUGAGAAGUCAGGAGUGGUUUACCUAUGGAGAGACUCUUCAUCUUAAAAAUGUGGAAUUUUCACUGCUAGCGGAGGGCUGCUAAUACAAACAAGCGGCCCUUUCGCCAAUCCACCGCUGGAUGAGGGCCUCCCUACGCCGUGCGGGUCGUGGCGGUUAUCUGACCAUACACCAACACGCUGGUCUAUGCGGGUUAAUGGUGUGCAGCAUAAAACUACCGUACAACAAUAUAUGUCGCUGCACUGGGUUCUGCUGUCCACAAUGCAACCCCGCAGCCUAUAAUACCUGUUUUGCAUGGUGGCGCCUAUCCGCCGAGCACUAUCCACGCUCGACCCUGCUUAGCAUCGGAGAUGUACGUUGAACUUAUUUCGCACCGUCCGUAGCCAACCGGUGAUCUGGUCGUAGAUCGGUGUGAAUUGUGGAACCGUUAUGAAUCCAUUCCUACCUCAUUCAUGCGAGUUUGACCCCAGCGGUUGUUAACGGUGCCCGAACGCCCCUGCUGUAUCGUCUCACUCUAUGCAAUCUCUAAAAUCUCACCGGCACCUCCCGUUCCCAUGCAUGAAGUUGUCGAGUGAUCCUGGAUCACCG